AUGAAGGUUGACUUACCUUCAUACAGUGGCAAGAGAGAUAUCGAAUCUUUUUUGGAUUGGCUAAAAAGUACUGAGAAUUUUUUCAGUUACAUGGACACCCCUGAACAGAAAAAGGUACGCCUCGUGGCCUUGAAACUCAAAGGGGGCGCAUCAGCAUGGUGGGAGCAACUGGAAGUCAACAGACAAAGAUGCAACAAACGACCCGUACGCUCAUGGGAAAAGAUGAAGAAACUAUUAAAAGGACGAUUCCUGCCUCCGAAUUAUGAGCAGACCUUAUACAACCAGUAUCAGAAUUGUCGUCAAGGCACCAGGACAGUCACCGAAUACAUAGAAGAGUUCCACCGAUUAAGUGCCAGAACGAACCUAAGUGAGAAUGAGCAGCACCAAAUAGCCAGAUUUGUGGGGGGUCUGCGCUUUGAUAUUAAAGAAAAAGUAAAGUUACAGCCUCUCCGUUUCUUAUCUGAAGCAAUUUCAUUGGCAGAAACAGUAGAAGAAAUGAUAGCUCUCAAGGCCAAAACCAUGAAUCGAAGAACAACAUGGGAGCCAACACCAACCAAGAAGACAAGCUAUACGAGCAAGACAAAUGACCAGCCGAUGGCACCAAUUCAUGGAAAAGGAAAAGAGGCUGACUCCCAGACUGCAACGAACGAAAAGAAGGCAGAGAUAAUCAAUAAAAGCAAGAACCAAAAUAAUUACACUCGCCCAUCAUUGGGUAAAUGCUUUCGGUGUGGACAACCAGGCCACCUAUCUAAUUCUUGCCCUCAAAGAAAAACAAUUGCCUUAGCUGAGGAAGAAGGCAACUUGCCUGGCGAAGAUGAGUCAGAACCAAGAGAGGAAACGGAAGAAAUUGAGGUAGAUGAGGGAGACAAAUCUCCUGUGUUAUCCAUAAAGUACUCAUUGCUCCCAAGGAAGAGAAGAAUCCACAACGCCACAGUCUUUUCAAAACAAGGUGCACUAUUAAUGGGAAGGUAUGCGACGUCAUUAUUGAUGGAGGUAGCAAUGAAAACUUCAUAG